UGAAUAUAUCGAUAUUAAAUUAAUGCCCAUAUACAAACGCUAGUUAUUUUAUGUUGUAAUUUCGCGUCCGCUUUAGGAGAAACAAAUUUUAAAAUUUGUAAAUUUCAGUACGAAGAGCUGCGUUUAAUGCAGAGCAUUCCGAAUAUGAAUCCGUGUGUUUUUCCCACACCCAUUCCCGACGAUGAAGGAGACAAACGCUGGCAUAGCAUACAUCGUCGGUUCAUUUCCGAUUGUCGCGAAAAAGAUCCGGACGUAAUUUUCCUAGGAGACUGCAUAUUUGAGACGCUGCAAGAUAGCGAAAUAUGGAAUGAGUAUUUUGCACCAUUGCACUGCCUCAACUUCAGCAUACGUGACGAUUGCACGGAACAUGUUCUAUGGCGUAUCGAAAAUGGAGCGUUGGACAAUGUUAAUCCCAAAAUAGUUGUUCUGCACGUUGGCACCAACAAUGUCAAGAGCAGUGCCGACCAAGUAGCAGAAGGUAUUCUCGCAAAUGUUGAAAGAAUACGUCAGAAACUCAACGGUGCCUACAUUAUACUUCCUUCACUGCUCCCACGAGGUCAACAACCUAAUAAACUUCGCGACAAAAACGCCAAAAUUAACGAAUUGGUUAAAGAGAUGACUACGGGAAUGGAUCGCGUACAGACAGUUGCCAUCGACAAGGGUUUGGUUCAGGGUGACGGUACCAUAAGUCACCACGAUAUGUUUGACUACAAAAACCUUACAAAUACCGGCGCCAAAAAAAUUCUCGAGCCGCUUUACGAACUGCUUUCGCAAAUCCUUAACGAAAAUGAGCUGGAACGGGAUCUAACUCCAUCCGAGUAGGAAAAAUUAAAAAAAAUGCACUAACGCACGAACACAAAUCUCAAUCAAACUAAACUAUAUUCAACGGAAAACAAUUUCCCAAUUUGGUUAUGUACCAAAAUUGUAUGGAGCAUUCAGAGUGGAGCUGAUAAAACUAUCCCAAAAUCAAACAAGUUUUCUUACUCGAUUGAGAACGUUGCAAAAUAAUACCAUAUCCCAACAUUGAUUUAUAAGAUAUAUGUAUACAUUUUUUGCAGUUCCCAUGCAUACACUUAAAUUUAUUAUUUACAUUUAUACAUUCAUGCAUAUACAUAACAUGGCCUACUAAAGGCAAACAUUCCCAAAAACUUUAUAGCAAUAAUAUUAUAAAUAAUUGAGUAAAGUAAAUAUUUGUACGCGCUGAAUACAGAAGAUACUUUUACGUAGUCAUCGCUCAGAUUGAAUACAGACUGAGAUAGAAAAUUUUUUUUAACUGUCAUACAUUAUUGUAUUACAUUAAUGCAUAAUAAAUUAUAGCGAACUGGUAAAUAUAUGUCCAAUUAACCUGGUCAGUCUAAAAUUGAUCAGCGGAAUAAAUAUAAACGGAUGUAAUCUCUAUACGGCUUGUAAGUAAGAGAGCAGCGUAUAUCCUAACAA